CGGGGACUUCCCCGGCUCUGAUCGUAUCUAUUUUACUCUGAUUGAUCUCGAGAGUCGGAUCUCUAUUCGGCUUCCUCGGGGUGUGGCGAGGCUUCUAGUGCUGUAGCGGGUGGGGCUCUUUUGGCCGCCUCCCCGCCAGACCACAGCUGGCUAUAUUUAGUAUAUUGAAGAGAUUAAAGAAAAUGAAGCUUCCUGUUUUGAAUGAACUGGAUUGUCCCACCAAGUCUAAAGCAGAUAUAGAAAAGAAAAUUACUUCACCUAAGAAGAAAUUGCUUCCAAAGAAACAACCAAAACCCUUAGACCUUCCUCCCUGUGUAAAUCCAGGCAAUCCUGUAUUUUCCUGUAUGUUGGAUCCACCUACCCUCCAAACAUGUACUACAUUGUCAAAACCUCAGAUGAUCAUGUAUAAAACAACUUCAGGGGGUUAUGGUGAAAUAACACCUAUACCACCAUUUCUUCCUUGCAACUUUUUCCCAAAGAGUAAUACAUUUACAAAUCACCUUAAACUGACUGGAAUGUUUCAGAAUAAUUAUCUGAACACUGUGCUUGACAGAGGCAGAGUCAUUGACUUUCCAAAUUUUCAACACACUCUAUGAAAAUACUAUUUGUAUUUAUGGGGAAAUUUUCAUUUUGGAAAAAUAUGCAUUUAAUGUUAGGGCUAAAAGUCAUUCAUGUAACAAAAAUAUUUGGACCACAUUGAAGAUACUUUAAAUGAAUAAACCAGGUGGUUAAGGUAAUUGUCUUCUUACCUGAAUGACAGAUCUUUAAUUUUAAUGUUUCUCACCCAACUCUUGUGGAAUUUUAGAAAUAGUAGUUACCUCAGAAUAGGUGAAGUAAAAAAAAUAAAAUAAAAGAAAUUAAAUUUGAUA